AUUGAAGAUGAGUCGUGCGUGAACAUCAACUUGAACAGCUGCUGAACCCAGCUAUUGUCAUCCUUUGUGGAGCUAUUUAUCCGAGAGGACAUGGCUAUAAGGAGCCGGUUUCCAGCUUAAAACAACAGACAAUAACAUCAUGGGUGACAAAACCUCCGCCAAGUUCACCUCUCUGGGCGCUAUCAUCCAGGAGUUUAACGUGGAUGGCCAGAAUAUCGUCCAGGGAUUCGCGACUAAAAAGCUCUACGAAGAACAUAACAGCCCCUGGUUCGGUGCCAAUAUAGGUCGGGUUGCUAAUAGGAUCAAGGACGGGAUCAUUCGCAACCUCAACGGUCGUGAUUAUCAACUAGAGCAGAACGAUGCCCCCAACGCCCUGCACGGUGGCAGUCAAGGCUGGGGCCGGCGCGAGUUUGAGGGGCCAACCGUCCUUCAGCGAAACGGCCAGGAAACCUUGCUCUACACCUAUCGGAGCUUUCACAACGAAGCCGGCUACCCGGGUACGGUGGACUUGAAAGUCUUCUACACAGUCCGCGAAGAGAAGGAGGGUGACAUCACUCGAUCUGUGCUGGAUAUUGAAUAUGAGGCUGAGUUGGUUGGGGAUGAAUGCGAGGAAACAGUUAUCAACCUGACCAACCACAGCUAUUUCAAUCUAGGCAGCGGCGCCACCACCGAAGGGACUAUCGCCAAAUUGUCCACACAGGAUUAUCUGCCCCUGGAGGGCGGGAUCCCCCGCGGCCCCAUUGAACCGUAUCCCAGCCAAGUCACGAAAGAGUUCACCUUUGGGCCAGGCAAUCAAUUCGACGAUGUAUUCGUCAUGGAGCGCGAAAUCGCUGGUGUGCCGCUCGAUACGCGCGGACAAGCCCUUCAACUGCAGGCGGAGUUCCGUCACCCGGAUUCGCAUCUCAAUCUGCAGGUGUAUAGCACGGAGCCUGCGUUCCAGUUCUAUACGGGACAAGGCAUUGACGUGCCCGCUACGGAAGGGAACCCGAGUCGCGGGCCGUUUGCCGGUUUCUGCAUUGAGCCCAGUCGCUUUGUCAACGCCAUCAACGAACCAGCCUGGCGGCACACCGUUGUUCUGAAGAAGGGGGCUCAGUACGGCAGCAAGAUCACCUACAAGGCUUGGAGAGACCCGCGAUAAACUGCCGCGGCCAAGGAUUGUGGACAAAUGGAGCUUCGGGGUGGAUGAUCAUGCCACUGAUCGGUUGAUUUGAUUGUCGGUCAAUAUGGGCUUUGGAACUUUUAUUUGAGCCUUG